AUUUGUCACUGCAUCAUGGUCUCAGGGUUUUGUCGCAAAUGGAUUAAUGGGCGCCUUUCUUUGGUUCAAAGUCACGGCGUUGCUGAGCGCCUAGAGUUUCAGUUUCUACCUCCCAGAUGUCGGAUCCCAUCAGUGUCAUCGCCGGCGGUGUCGCUGUUCUUCAGCUCAUUCAAACAGUAGCGCAAGCUUCAGCGCUUUUGUAUAGAUAUGUUGCUUCCGUCCGCAACGCUGACUCGUCCUGUCAGAGUCUGCUUAAUGAGCUCAGCGCAGUCGGUGGCGUCCUCACCACGGUUACGGCGAUCAAGAAGGAUGACACUCUUCUACCUGAUCUCAACCACGCGCUUUCAAAAUUAAUGACCACAGAUGGACCAGUUGCAAAAUUAUUGGUGGAACUGAAGAGCAUUCUGCCAAACGAACAGGCCCAGGAGAACGGGAAAAUGAAGACGAUUCCAAAAUUGAUGUGGCCAUUCAAGGAAAAGGAAGCAGGCGCGAUCAUCGAUAAAUUGAAAAAGUAUUGUGGCGAGAUCACAAAUAUUUUAGCAAUCGACUCAUGGAACACGCUGAAGGAAGUCAAGCUUGAACUCCAAGAAGUCACUCAAGGAGUCAAAGAAUUGAAAAAUGAUUCUGCCGCACAAAAGGUGCGCGAAAAAGACGGGGAACGUCGAAAGUUCCUUGAAUGGAUGAAUCCCGUGUUUUGUGAUGACAAGCACGCCACCUGCUGUGGUCAGCGAAACCCCGGCACUGGUCGUUGGAUUUUCCACGCCGAUGAGUAUAAGAUUUGGAAUACAUCGGAUCACGCGUUUCUAUGGUUGAAUGGCCACCCUGGACACGGCAAGACAAUCCUUGCGGUGGCGGUUGAAGCAGAGCUACAGACGCUCGCUUUUUUCUACUGCAAUUUUCGAGACGACAGGACGACAAAUGCGGCCGCAGUAUUGCGCUCCUUGAUUGUUCAGCUGCUUCAACAAUCUCAAGACGAUUGGAUCACAAAGAUAGGUGAGAAGCAAGAGUCGAACACAAAAGAGGACCUUGAUUCUCUGCGGAACCUCUGGCAGCAACAACGUGAUGCAAAGCCACAUCCCACAGAUCUGGGAUUUCUACGAAAGCUUCUUGUUGAAGCGUCUACGCUGGUUCGCCGACCAGUCCUCGUGAUUGAUGCCUUAGACGAAUGCAAGGACUACACCGACCUGGUUGGAUAUCUUGUAAACCUUGCCGAAGAUGGUCGACUACGACUUUUCGUCACCGGUAGAGGCGAGCCAGACAUUCAAGACGCCUUUCAUGAUCUCCCCACCAUAAAAUUAUCACGCCUAUCCGACGCGCUGAAGAAGACAAUUUUGGAGAAAUUGUUGGAAAAGGCUGAGGGCAUGUUUCGCUGGGUUCAGUGUCAACUGGACGAAAUUGUGGCUUGCAAAAGACGUGUCGAUAUUGAAGCAGCCCUCAAUAACCUUCCAGCUGGACUUUACGAGACGUAUGAUAGGAUUAUUCAAGCUAUUAAACAGAGGGGACCAAGUGACCACCAAAUCGCGCGGAGUUGUUUGCUUUGGCUGUCCGGCACGUUCACCCCGUUGACACUUAAUCAGCUCAACGAAGCGAUGAUGAUUGAAGUCGGACAAUCAAAUCUUAAUCCGGACCUUGGCGUUAUGGACCCCAUGGAUAUCGUGACCGCGUGCGGAAGCCUUGUGAUUUACAACGAGAAAACUGGCAUCGUUGCACUAUCUCAUUAUAGCGUCAAAGAAUACUUGACCAAUCGCCCCAACAACAUCUUCAAAUCAAUCUCGGACAUGCACGCACGCAUCUGCAAGCUCUUGAUUACGUAUGUCUUAUGCGACUUUGUGGAUGAGAUCAGCACGAAACUUGAGCUUAAAGCUACACAAGGCGGAUAUCGGGCACGUCGUGCCGAUGUUGCCGAUGUCAGCAAAGACAAUCCGUUGCUGAGCUACGCAAUUCAAGGAUGCAAGCAUCUUGGACAUGUUUCGGAAGAGGAUCCUUGCGUUAUGGAUGCCCUGUCACGGCUGAGCUCAGAGUUUCUUCGAAACGCCAAGAAACAUCCUGUGCUAACUCGAGGCAAAUACGCCUAUGAGCCUGGGUGGUUGCCUGCCGGAGUGACUUUGCCCUCACUUCUAUUCAUCCCGCUUCAACAUGGCAAGCCGUGGAUGGUUGAAUCCCUCGUCAAGCAGGACCCUCAUCUCCUGGACGUGGAUAUUGCCACUGGUUGGGGUUCUCCCCUGAUUUUCGCUAUGGCCAAGAACCCUGACUGCCUCAGUAUUCUCCUGAAGCCGGGCGUCGAUUUCAACAAGCUUUCUUCCUUCAAACCUAGUUUAUAUAGCCAAUACAUUGUUAGGGGGCACUCCUAUGCUCCAAUUUCGUGGGCAGCUGUGACUGGAAGCAAAGUCGCCGUGGAUUUCUUGCUGUCACGAACGGAGGUCGACAUACCUAAUGACAUCCUGCACAUAGCUGUUAUGGCGAACAAGCCGUCGCCCGAAUGUAUCCGCAAAUUCCGUCAACGCGGUGCGGAUGUUAAUUUCACAGUCAAUGGUCUCAACCCUAUCCACUUUGUCCUCUUCGCUCAAGGUUACGAUGUAUAUGACGAAAGCCCACUGUUACCCGUCGUAAAAGCGCUGGUCGAACCAUCUUGUAAUCUUUCUUUGCAAGACCAGGCUGCCAGAACAAUGCUACACAUUGCUCUUGAUGAACGUCUGGAAGACAUUGUCGCAUAUCUUCUCGAGAAAAAACGCAGGGCUACAUGUGGAGCUGGGCUACAAACAAGACCUGGUUUCCCAAUAUUCAAGCAGCGGCUCUUGCUACUGAUCAACCGUGCACCAGAAUUAAGGGGAAGGUUGUUGAUGAUACAACGAGAUCGAAACUCGUCGAGUUUUCAGUUGCAGUCACUGCAGACCGCGAUAACCCCAAUCCGAUUUGCGCUGUCGUUGUUUCAGCGAUACUCAAUGGCGAGCUGUCAGUCACUUCAAAAGGACAUUCAAGACUCCCGGCAAGAUGAUUCCCCUAGACUCGGACACUACUUUAGAUGGUCACCUGGGCAGCGUGUCUCUAGUCACUUGUUCGAUUAUCAUCAAGGAGACAAAGUUACCAGGAUGCUACAGCAGUUAAACGAAGAUGAAGAUUCGACUGGCACCUCCCUUUUUCUUAAGAUGACCAAGAACGCGCGGAACGCCAAAGUCUUUGAACUUGGGGUCGAGUGCAUACUUGAUAUCUACAGAGGUCCUUUACCUUAG